AUGACCGGCCACGAAAGUGGCUCGACCCAGGCCUCGAACGCUGCUUCAGGGAACGAAAUGGAACCGAUAACUGCACUAUCAACGGAUGGGAUCACUCACCCGACCACGGCCAUCGGUAGCAAUCCUCAAGAUACGGCUGUUGCCCCAAAUCCAGUCGACACUGUUCCUCCAUCUGAGGGAGAGAGUAUAUCGCGCCCUCCGCCCCCGGGAGAGUCCGCCGAGGCUCGGGACACGGGCAUCCCGCCCGGGCAGUCCCUUGUUGACCAUCCUCCUCCAGCCCUUAUCGAAAAGAUUUCUCUAGCCGACGAAACAACCACGCCCCCGAGCGGGCAGCUGCAUGAGAGGUACGCAAAACUUUCCUAA